CAAGUAAAUACAUAUAAAUUAUUUAAAAAGGUCAAGAGGAAGAAGUAACAAUUAUGGUUCACAUUUACCCGACGCUUUACAGAAUUAAAAUAAUUUAGUUGGAGAAGUAGAUGGCAAAGCUCUUUAUUUUAAAAAUCCUAUGUAAAUGUCAGCCGCUUCUGUUGCCCACGUAGGCUGACUUGCUCCAACCAGGUCCUUUGGAACCGACUAAGGAAGUGCAACCACUUCAUUUUCUCACCAAGGUGCCCUGGCUAAAUUCACAUGUCGAAACGUUAUUAAACGUGGACAUAAACUGAAAACACAAUUGGGAAAAUUUCAGGAGAUGCAAGGUGGACUUCCAUCAACCAAAGUUUAUCUAGUUCCCUUAGCUGUAACAUUACCUCCUUCCCCCACCUGCACCUUCCACGUCUUGGCGUUCCAAUUAAUCAGUUAAUUAGGCUCAUGACCGCCCUGGGCCCAGCUCUUACAGCAUGAACUAGGUGAGCUGAAUCAAAACUGGAAAGGCGAAGGCGGGAACGGGAAUUCCGCAGCGUAACUAACACCCUCACUCCCUCCCCACUCACUAAACUGGGACUCUUUCCCUCCUCCCCAUUAAUUUAGUUCCCGAAGUUAGCUUCUGCGUAGAAAUAUUUGCUACGACGAAGCCAGGACACCAGAGACCCAAACCAUAGGGAUAGUCGGCGUAGCAGCAAGAAUGCAGCGAGACAAGGCAGCACCCGGCCCCACAUUACUGAAACUACAAAUCCCAAGAUGCAAUUCGGUCUCCGCCCCUUCUCCGCUUGUCCGAGCUCGCCGAGACCGCGAGCACUCUAGGAAUGUUCUCGUGCACGCGCCUCCGGCGCAUUGCGUCUAGCUAUUCCCAAUUUCUUGGGGCGCCGAUUGCUUCCGGCCCUUUCAGAUUCUUCCUAUAGUAGGGAGGCAGGAGUAGGCGGUGCCAUAGGCUAGCACGUCUUUUGCCUGAGGUCGGGAAUACGCGUGUUCUUUCCACUGGAGGAUAAAAAGGGCGGGGUCUGGAAGUUCCAGUUGGAAAGCAGAGGACUGAAAGGGAGGCGACAUGGGAGGAGAAAUGAGAGGGCAUGCGCAGUAGGGGAAACUUAGAGAAGAAAGCGUAGGUGCAUCCGUGUUUGAGCAGAAGGGAAGCCGUACAAAAGACGCCUGCGCACGAGGCUCCAGCUUCCUGGCUAGUAGGUCCCGGUCUCAUUUACCGGAAGUGAUGAUCACUCGUAAUCCCGGUGCCCACGCUCCACCCCCAGUCCUUGGGCCCCGCCCUCGAGGGAUGGCCCUUUUUCUUUUUCCCUCCUCCCUCUCUCCCCCUCCCUUCUCUAUCUCUCCCGUUUGUCCCCUCCCCUCCUCUCCCUUUGGCUGUUGUGGCGCCUCGGACCGUCACCGUCGCUGUUGCUGCCGGGCCCGCAAGCGCCAGUGAGUUAUCCCGGAGGCUAGCCGGGAUAUGACCUGUGUCUGCCGCUAUUCCAGUCCCUCUGGCCCGCGCCCGUGUUGCAACCUCGAACCCGCUUCCGCGGGGCUGCGCACUCUAGAGUCUUCAGGUGUCCCUGCGCGGGCCCCGCGGCUGCUGCUGCGGUACCCCCUAGCCCGCCCCCUCCUCCCAUGGCGGCGGAGAUCCAGCCCAAGGCGCUGACCCGCAAGCCGAUCCUGCUGCAGCGGGUGGAGGGGUCCCAGGACGUGGUGAACAUGGCAGUCCUUGUGCCCAAGGAGGAGGGAGUCAUCAGCGUCUCAGAGGACAGAACGGUUCGGGUGUGGCUGAAAAGAGACAAUGGACAGUACUGGCCAAGUAUUUACCAUGCAAUGCCUUCUCCAUGUUCAUGCAUGUCUUUUAACCCGGAAACAAGAAGACUGUCCAUAGGUCUAGACAAUGGUACAAUCUCAGAAUUUAUUUUAUCUGAAGAUUACAACAAGAUGACCCCUGUGAAAAACUACCAAGCUCACCAGAGCAGGGUAACAAUGGUCCUGUUUGUUCUGGAGAUGGAGUGGGUGCUGAGCACAGGACAGGACAAACAUUUCACCUGGCACUGCUCAGAGAGUGGACAACGUCUGGGAGGUUACCGCACCACCUCUGGACCCUCCGGCCUGCAAUUUGAUGUUGAUACUCGGCAUGUAUUUGUUGGUGAUCAUUCAGGACAAGUUACAAUCCUCAAACUGGAGCAAGAAAACUGUAGCCUUGUCACAACAAUCAAAGGACAUACAGGUGGGGUGACAGCCUUAUGUUGGGACCCAGUCCAUCGGGUGCUGUUUUCUGGCAGUUCUGAUCACUCGGUCAUUAUGUGGGACAUUGGUGGAAGAAAAGGAACAGCAAUUGAGCUCCAAGGACACAAUGACAAAGUCCAAGCUCUCUCCUAUGCUCCACAUACUCGACAGCUCAUCUCUUGUGGAGGAGAUGGUGGCAUUGUGGUCUGGAACAUGGAUGUCCAGAGGCAAGAGACUCCUGAAUGGUUGGAUAGUGAUUCCUGUCAAAAAUGUGACCAGCCUUUCUUCUGGAACUUCAAGCAAAUGUGGGACAGUAAAAAAAUUGGCUUGAGACAGCACCAUUGUAGGAAGUGUGGGAAGGCUGUCUGUGGCAAAUGUAGCUCCAAGCGUUCCUCUAUCCCACUGAUGGGCUUUGAAUUUGAAGUGAGAGUCUGUGACAGCUGUCAUGAGUCCAUCACAGAUGAAGAACGUGCACCCACAGCUACCUUCCAUGACAGUAAACAUAAUAUUGUUCAUGUGCAUUUUGAUGCAACCAGAGGUUGGUUAUUGACUUGUGGGACAGACAAAGUUAUUAAGUUGUGGGAUAUGACACCAGUUGUAUCAUGAUGGUGUUUUCCAGAACCCAAAAAACAGUAUUUCUGGAAGCAACGGUCACUGUAACCCAAAUUGUUCAGGAAGAUAAAAGUAAAGCUGAGUACUGUGGGCAGUAAGAGAGAGACUAAAAAAUCUUGUUAGUUUUUAAGCCAUCCGCCAGUAUGGGGCAAACACUAGUAAGGAGACUCUUAUUUCAACUUGUUCACACAAUAGAAAAAAAUAUUUUUUUAAGCAAAUGAUUUGUACAAUCUGGCCAUGCUACAAUUGUUCUGAGUUUGUCUGGGGGAAAAAUCAUGUGGGAUGGAUGUUUAGUUUUUAAUUUUUCAACACUUACUUGUUCUUGCUGCUUUGUAUUGAAGAAGUGAAGGAGGUGUCUUUUCAGGGUUGGGUGUGGUCUUUGUUGCUCCUCUUCCCCACUCCAAGAUAUAUCCUACCACAUACUCAGCAUCACUUUUACCUCACCAGAAUGAAUGUAUUUAAAGCUAUUUAUUGUUGCUAUUUCUGGGUUCAUCCCCAAUUCAGCGGAGACAUCUGUGAAGAUUGACAGACUUUUUGAAGGAGCUAAGCAGCAGUGCUUGCGUCCAUCCAGUCUUUAUCUAAGAGAAAUCAACCUUUCUGGUUUCCUGGACCCCAGAAAAAAAAUGGGAGUUUUUCCUGCCUUCCCACUGCUUCUCCUAAAAACAAUGUUAAGCUGCUCCACAGCUAUCUAAAAGAUGACCAAGAAGUUGGUAAUUACAGUUGAGAGAAUCUCCCAUUAGCAUCUGUGUUCAUCUGAACUCAGCUGGAACCGCACAAGCUAUUUUAAAGGAAAUUUUAGUGACAGGCCUCUCUCAGGUUUCACCAAAACACAUGUUUGCAAAAGUAAUUGUUUCUUCGUUAUGUGUUACUUAUGAACUUAAAUGCAUUCAUGUGUAUAAAUUUUUAAUUAAGUCUCUUCUUUUUUUUUUCCUAUUCAAACUAUGCAUUAAGAAAAAAAAAUUAAUAAAAUUGCUCCAGAUUCCCUGCAUACUUAAAUGAUAUAUUCCUUGAGACACUUGGUAUGAUAGAAAUCUGCUUUCUCCUGCUAUUUUCCUUUUGGAAAAAACUAACUUUUUAAAUGAAAUGUAAAAUAAUGCUUUUUAAAGAGAACCAAAAUGGCCUGCCUGUUAUGGUGUAGUUUUUUUCUUUUUUCUUUUCUUUUCUUUUCUUUUUUUUUUUUUUUUUUAAACUUUCAUUUUGAACUCUAAAAGAAAUGGAAUAAAACCCUGCCAGGGAAAAUUGUCAGCUUUUCUAGAUGUGACAAGGAGAAACAAUGCCUUUCCUCCUAUAGAGCUUAAAACAUUUGCUUGUUUCUUAUCUAGAAAAUUUACUUUUUUAUUCUCUUUUAGGAAAAACUUCAUUUCCACCAUGCUCUUAUUUUUCAUGAUACCUUGUACAUAUCUAAGUUUGGGAGCUUUUUUCAAAGGAUAUUGGGGGUUGGAGAGAAAUAGAAAAUGUCUCUUAAUUUCCUUCUUUCUAGAAAGCAAAAAGUUUUAUGAUACAGUAGACUUAUUUUUAUCAUUUAUUUUUCCCUCUUCUUGGUUUUAUGCCUAGUGAUUAGCACCAAACUAGAAAACCAGGCCUUCAUAAUGGCAAACUCUGCUUCCUGGUUCGGUGACCUCUUCAAUAACUUGAUGGUGGUUAUGAUAGCCCAAGAGGUCUUGGGGAAAAUAACACUGUUCAUUGCCUUAUUAAAUUGAAAAUUUAUGCUUAUAAGCAAGAAACUUUAAUAAAGCACUAGGAGAGUAUUCCCAGGUUAUUAUAACUCAAUCCCUCACAUUCCCCCAAAAGUAUACAUAGGACAAAAAUAUCCUAAGGAACAUAAUCACUUAACAUUUUUAUCUCCCCCAAAUUCUCUCCUUGCUAUCAAUAGCUGCUAUAAUCACUGUUUUGAAUGUCUUCUGCAUGUCUGUCUCAUGUUCUAAUUUUUAUGAUGUUAAAAUUUUUAAAAUAUUCAAAUGUCUAUAGUCUGUCUAUAUGUAUAGUAUAUGCUUGGAUUGCAUUACCUUAUUACUAAUAAAAAUUUCUAAGUACUGAAAGGUAGAAGGGAUCCACAGAAAUGAAUAGAAGACUUCUAGCUCUAUUUUGUCUUCUUCCUCUUCACAUUCUGGCCAGUACAAGAAAAGGGAAAUAUAGUAUUAAGGAAUUGAUGGAGCAAGUGCCCAUCAGGCCUAUGCACACGUUUUCCAACUGAGCCAAAAUCUCAUUGGACAAAUAUUUGCACUCCUCUGGGAUCGCACGUGAUUCUUUUAGCUUACUGGCAUUUGCCUCAAACGUGAUUUCUCUGCAUGGAUGUCUAUAUUCAAAAGCCUUUAACAAGUCUUUUCAAUACCACAUUUCUAUCCAAGCCCAAAGAUUUGCUCAUAGUUUAAAGCCAGUCAAGGCAUUUUCAAGUUUCAUAAGUGGUAGGAGUUUUGCUUUAAAAAAAACAAAACAACAACAACAAAAAAAAAAGUAGUGUGAUGUUUCUAAGCAUUCACUGAAUUGUUUUUCCCUUCUCUUGUCUGAGUGUCCCUCAGGUCAAUUGGAUUCAGCAAACAUAGUUUAGGCGUAUGAAGUGGUUAUCCUGGAAACUCUGUGAAUGCCUUAAUUUUAAAAUUGUGUUUCUAUACCCUUUUCUGGCAACUAACAGAGAAAAUUCUCUGUGCCACGUUUCUCCACCAGGCACUUUCUGAAAGUGAAAGUUUCUGUUAGUCAGAUUUGGAAGCUGGCACCAGCCUCUUGCUUUCUCUGUGGAGACUUUGCCUAUUUUUCUUGAGCUUCCUUUUGAAUUAUUGUCCAUUUGGCUUGCCUUUAUAUUUGUUCCUCUUGGGAGCUGAAAGUUUUACAUAAACUGGAUAUUUUUUGAAAACAGGAAAUUAUGAUGAUUUCACAGAAUUUUUAGAGUGGCCAUCUAAUCCAACUCAUAUCCAAAAAGGAGUUACUAUAACAACAUAAAAUUUUGUUCUCUCUCUCUCUCUCUCAUACAUAAUGACCUAAUAAGUACCCACCCUUUCUUUCAUUUACUUCUUAGAAAUUAUAAUCACAACAUGCAGCAACUCUACCGUAAUACUAAAAAAAAAAAAAAAAAAUUAGUUUCCGAUAAAGUAAAACUUAAAGGCUUGUUUUGUUUCUUUGCCUGAACAACCAGUCUUUCUGAUUGGCUUUUAAAAUGCCAUACUUUUUUCCUGUAAUAUUCUUAUAUGAAUCUUUGAAUAUCAGAACUGGAAAGGACCUUAAGAGGUUCCGAGAAGCCCCACCCUCAAGCAAAGUACAUCUCAAUCAUGUCACACAAACCAAUAAUGAGGACUUUGUUCUGGUAGGAGAGCCUGAUGGGUAGGAAGGGAUAGGGGUAGGGGAUACAUCAGGAGAUCUCUGGGGGAACUGUUAAUUCCUGUGAAUAUCACCUGGAAUAACAAACUCUUGAGUGAUUUGGAAGUCUCUAAACAAGCCACUAGUGGAUAAGAAGGAUCAUACCACCUAGGUUCUGAGUUCUUUCCCACAAAGUAUAUUUGAUAUACCUUCUGUCACCACCUCUGGUUAUGAGUCAACAGGUUGGUGAAUUUAGAAUAAUAGGGUAUUUGUUGCAGGUCUGCAUAUUUCCUUGUCAAAUGCCUCAGCAUCAGAAAGUCAGAAUUGAGGGAGGGAAUUCAGGUGCACACAAGUAUAUCUGUCAUAUUAUUUUUCUGAUUACUGAAUGUGAAGAGCCCAUUUCAAUGGGGCUGAUCUUUCUUGUUAGAUAUCUUCCUACUCAACUACACAUCCAUUCUUUCGAAGCCUCAAGUUUUCAAAAAUAAUUUUUUUUUUUGCUAGAGCUCAUUUUGUUAGUUGUCCUAAUUUUGCCUAAGAGAAGUAAAUUAGUUCAUUAGAUGAGAUUUCCCUGAUUUGUAUCACAUUGUAAUCUUUUAAAAGAUAGAAAGACUGAACUUGUGAUUCCAUUCGUACAGGAAAAUCCCGAGUGAGUGAGAUAGACAAUACUUUCACAACUCAACUUAUAGGCUUGGAAAGUUGCCUAGAGCAUUUGAAAGGUAGAGUGAUUUAUGUCAUACAGCUGUCAUGAGCAAUGUUUGAAUCCUGCUCUCCCUAACUCUGAGGUUUGCUGUCUAUCCACUAUCACAAUUGCCUUUCAUUUGUAUAUGAAUAAAUGAUUGUGUCACAAAGGUUUACAUCUUAAAAUACUGGAAAUUAAUUCUUUUUGCCAACAGUUUACAUUUUUCAUGCAGACCUAACUAAUUUUUCAUUUUUGUCUCCUUUAUGGCAGUUUGUGGUGUAUGUAUAUGUGUGCCCAUAUGCAAGUGCCCAUAUUUUCUUUAAAAGAGUGAAAGCAAGCAAGGAUUCAGCAGCCUGAAUGGGAGAAACAAGAAUAAAAUUAACUCUUAAAAAUGAUCUGCCCAUUUAAUGACAAUCUUAUUAGUGUAAAGUGCCAAAAAAUAUAGGAUCUUCCAAAAGGGUUAGGUACUUUUAAUCUUCAAAAGCUUAAAAAUGCACUAAAGACUUUGGGGAUAUCCUGCAUAUUCCUGGAACACUAUACAUUUUUACUUUUAGAACACUGAUUUUUAGGGAGUUAAGAGAAUAAGGCGAAACAUUGCUCCCAAUGCUUUAUGCUUUGAAAGGAGUUUAGUUGAUCACUCAUAGCAUUCCAAUUGAAAGCCUCUCUUCUUCUCAUCUCGGGGCUUCCUUUCCUUUGUAAAUGCCUGAAAUUGUUGACUUGAAAUGGCCCCUAGUUUCCUUGACUCAUUAUUUACUAAGUAUUGGGUAUUCUCAGAGUAUCUGACCCAGGCAUUGGUACAUAGGAUGGCUAUAGAACACUACCUUCUACCUGUAUUUGUCCUUGAGGAAUUUACCUAUUAAGUUCAAAUUGGUCUUUAGGAUCUGUCCACCAUUCCUUCCUUCAUCCUGGGAGCACCCUCAAGACACUGCUUCCUAUUUGUAUUCCAAGACCUUUGGGAGAUCAAGGCUGCAAGCUUGCUGGAGAGAACAAGAGGGCUCUUUACAAUCCAAUUCUGUCAAAGUACACAUGGCCUUAUGUUAAUGUCUAACUAUGUGCUGUGUCUACCACAGCUAAGUCUUUCGGUAUGUAUGCCAGCAGCUGAAGCAUUCCAUCUUUAGAACAUUUUCAGAGGGGAAUUAGAUGAACCCUCAAUGUAAUCACACAAGUCAAGGCAAAUUAGGGUCCUUUUUUUCGAGAGAGAGAGAGAAAGAAAUUUAGCCCUGCAGGGUUUCCAAAAUGCCAUUUUUUUUCCUUUAUUUUUUUCCUUUAUUAUCAACACAGCCCUCGUUCCAUUUUGGCCAUAGACUAAUUUUGCCUUCUAUUUCUAAUGCUAAGUAUUUUAUAAAUCAUCUUUAUUUUUAAACCUCAUCUCAGCCUUGCAGAGAACUCAAAAUUUAACAAACCAUGCAAUUGUUUUUAACAUCACUGUUUCUGCCAUGGCUAUUCAAAAUUAGUACAAUCAGCAGAAUUCAUGUUCAUCACUGGGCUUAUAAGACAGCCAACACCAACUAGGCAAGUGAUUAUCUGCAAGGCUUAAGCCAGAUAAAUGAGAGAAGACCAUUCUCUCUUAAGUUUCCUCUAUCAAAUUCCACGAAAGCACUGUCUAUUUUUUAUGUAUACCUACAUGGAUAUUUUAUUAUGGAAAGGUGAGAUAAUGAGGAUAGUGAAGAUAUUCCAAGUAUUCCUUUUUGUUCAUCUCCCUCAUCACCUUCCAUCUUGUAUCACACCUUUUUGUGUAAAUCUUGCUGUAUUCUUUUCCAUUGGGUAAGUUCCUUGAAUUCAGAGACUUUUGUUGUGUAUAUCCCUAGCACUUAGCACAGUGCCUUUUAUGUUGGGAAAAACAAAUGUUUGUUCAUUUGGGUCAGAAUCAUAAGCAAAUGAGACUUGCUUAGGAAAAAAUGAUUGAAAUUACAUAUUGAUUUGAUGAACAUAUUAGAAACAAGGAAGCUUAUAUAAUUCAGAAUCAGGUCUUGACAUUAGACUUUUUUUCUCCUCUAAUAAAAGAAUCGGAAGCUAUUACUAAUAUAAAAGGGAAAAUGAUUUGCUUAUAUUUGCAUUUAUAUAUUUUGUUAUUAAAUGAUAAAGGCACUUUGUGGCACUAGAACACACCAACGUGAUGUAUGGACCAAAACACUUGUUUCUUUUAACCAUUACAUUUUCAGUUAUGUUUUAUGUUAUUGAUAUUACAUGUUUAAGAAUAUAUUUUUCAGUGUAAUUGUUGUCCUUUUGCAAAAGAAAAAUGUUAUUAGGAGUUCAAAACUUAUUAUAUACUGUACAACUUGGAAAGUACUUGGCCUAGUGAAAACCUGCUUCUUACUUGCUGUAGUCAAGAACAUGGCACCUGCUUUUCUGUAUUACCCCAUCAGCUUCUAUGGUACAGAUCUGUAAUUGGUUGCAAUAGCCCUAUUUUAUUUAGGCUCCUCUUUUAAAAUGAGGAAGUUCUCUAUGAAUUUCAAUUUAAAAAUGUAAUAAAUAUGAAAGUUGGAGCAAAUCUCUUGAAUGUUGGUUUAUUUUUAAACCCUCUAUCUACUCUUUGCUCUGGAUAUGAGAAUGAAAUACAUUUUUUUUUUAAAUCCUCAGCAACCAGAUCUUGCCAUCUGCUUGGAGAUAGUCAUUGUAACAUUAUCUUCAAGAGAUCUCUGUUCUAUGUGAUAAAAUGAUAAAGAUUAAAAUUUCUUAAGUUAAAUACUAUAUCUAAUAAGAUAAAAUACUACAGAAUGGUAUGGUGGUUUUCCCCCUACUCCCUUUCCUCUGCCCUCUGCCAUGUAUCUCAAAUGUAUGUUUGUUCAUUAAAUGAUGUAAAGGACUCAUUGAAAAGAUGCCUCCAUGGUUCUAAAAUAAACUUUUAUGAAACCUUCCUUUACCCUUAA